AGUAGUGCAUAAUGUUGCAGAUCUGCAACACACUAUUUUCCCAUUAAAAAAUGGUUUAUAGUUGAUUCGAAUUUUUUUCAAUAUUUUUCCAUUGAUUCAAAAACUAUAAUCCACCAGAAAAUAUUUAUUUUGAAGAAAAUUAAAAAAUGGAUAUGGAAUUAAAUAUAUCAGAACAGUUCGAAAUUUAUAAAGCCACCAUCCUAGACAGUAACAACAUAAUAAAUGAACAGCUGAAUUUCAAAUCUAACAAGCUUUUUGAUUACAUAAUAGACACCACGAGUCUUCCUAACCAACAAAAUAUUUCUGGUAGGGACUGUUGAAAAUGAUCACUAGCUGAUCGAAAGUGCUUCAGUCAGCAUUUCCAAUUGUUUGGGCGUUGAUGAAGACACGAUCAUCAAAGGCAUAUGAUGUUCUUUUGGGAGAAGUAAAAAAUCAUUUCCCAAAUAUGAGACCGAAAGUCAUAAUCAGCGAUUAUAAAAAGGCAAUAAAGAAGCCUUUGAGAGAUAGAUUUCCAGAAAGUGAACACCGAGGCUGCUGGUUUCACUUCACUCAAGCUAUUGAGCGCAAUGCGCGUAAAAUAGGGAUAAGAAAACCUCCCAUGAAUGAAGAUGAUGACGGAUGGAGGGUGGCGAAACAGUUAAUGGCCACAGCUCUUCUACCUGCUGGUAAAGUUGAGGAGGCAGUCGGAGUAAUCGAGGGAUUCGCCGAGAACUAUAUUGAUAGUGCAAAACCAAAAAAACUGAUAGAAUACUUCAGGAGAGAGUGGUUGGUGAGGGUUACUCCUGAGUCGUUCUCAGUUCACGGCCAAGCUAACAGAACAAAUAAUGCACAAGAAUCCUUGAAUCGGUGUAUAAAUCGAGCAAUCAGGCCGCAAGGAAGUGCCUGCUACUUUUGGAGUGGGCUGAUGCAAAUCACAACAAAAGAAAUGAAUUUUUUCAAUCAAUUGAGUGAAGGGCGUGAGUGCGCCAGAAAGAAGAAAAUAAAGUGGCUGCUACAAGACAGCAACAUCGUCAACCUGCAAACCAAACUCAACACCGGUGAUCUCGGCUGCCAGUUUCAGGAUUGGUGAUACCGCCGUUGUGCAGGGGGCGGAUGAUGUGGAACUUGCACCAAUUUAAAAGAAUAUAUUCUAAGUUAUUUAUUUUGUUGUCCAAGUUGUUUUAGGUAGUUUAUAAUCUCUCAAUUAUUUUUCAUU